AUGUCUGGCAACGGUGGCGAAACAUUCGUUGUACUUCCGCCGUGCACGGAAUCCGAUCGGAAGCAGAUCAUUUUUGGACGCAACGGAGCGGGAUCAACCGAGCACGUUACGGAGGUUGUCUAUCUGCCAGCAGCGGAUGGAAGUGAACCAAUCACUCUGCCAAAUGGAUGUGAGAUCGAGGGAGCGGCCUGCUUUGGAGUGAUCCUCAAUAAACCGGUUGGAAGUUGGGGUGCGGAAAGUGGUUCUAACGAAAAAGCUGUCGCGAUUGGACUAUCGUACAGUGAGGGAUCCGGCGAGGAAGGUAAGGUAUCAUCGCUGGAUCUGGUUCGGUUAGCGCUGGAACGUGGUGAUAGUGCGUCCAGUGCCAUAGACACGAUUGUGGCGUUCGUCGAAAAACAUUGUCCAGAAGAUCGAAAUGCACUCAAGGCUGCCUUGGUAGUAUGUGAUCCGUCAGCCGUUUGGUUACUAAACGUGGCCGGAAAGUUCUGGGCGGCAAAGCAGGUUCAGGACAGUAGCAUAGCGUUAGCCGCAACUGGUCUUACAAUCGGAACUGGCUUCGAUCGUAGUUCGGACGAUCUUGCAUCGAACGCGCAGUCGGCAGGUGCGUGGGAUGGUGCCGGUGAGUUUAGUUUUAGUGAGGCAUUUGGAGGUACUCCGGACACGGCUGCCGUUCGUUCCUGGCCAGCUAAUGAGCCAGGAGUGGAAGGAGCAUUUGGAUUGCAGCAAAUGUUUGAAUGCCUUCGUGCGGUUGGUGCCGAUCCACCGACUGGAUCGAGCCAGGUGUCGGUACUGAGCGGGGAGGGUAAGCUGGCCUGCCACUGGUUUACAGCAACACCGCAAGUCGGUGAGUCGGUAUUUAAACCAUUCAUAUUCACUGCUGGGGCCAAGAUUUCGCCGUUAACUCGAGUGCCGGACGGUGAAACACAAACGCUGCUGCAUCGACUGCAUAGCAACCGGAAGUGGGAGUUAGUCGGUAGUUUGCUUAGCUCACUGGAAGCUACCUGUAUGGACGAGGUAAACCGUUUCCUAAGUGAACACUCGGGCGAAGCAAGCCAAGAGCUAGACGAACUAAUGAAAGAUUGCGUCGAGGCAGAGGUGAAGUUCUAUCGCUAG